ACAUUAACGCCAACUAUCUUAAUUCCGAACCUUGGGCGUUAAGCAGUGGCUUCUAUCAGACAUCACCUCUCUCUCUCUCUCUCCCCCUCUCUCUCCACUGGCUCUGUUUCUGCUCUCUCUACAUUGAAGAUGCACCGGCAAUCUCUUGGCUCACCUGGUUCCAAGCACCAUAGCCAUGGAGGCUUCGUAGCAAAGGAGGAUGGCCUCGUUGCAGAAGACCAGAAGCGAAAGGACGAACCGUCUUCGCUCGCCGACGAGGACAAAUCACAGAAGCCUUACAAAUCACCGGCGAGACCCGAGAGACUCGUGCACAUCAUUCCGCUCCUCACUGUCCUCUGUUUCCUCGUCCUCUAUCUCUCCUCUCACGAUCCGUCUCAGAAAGAUUUGGCUCUGUUCAACGGAUUCAAGCGGCCAUCCAUGCCUACAGAUUCGACCGGAAUUGACGAUGUCGGACGGAUUUUGGAGAUCGAAAAAGGCGAUGUUCUGGCGAUUCGGAGCCUUCGGAAUUUACAGGAGAUUGGGAGACAGGGUGCGAAAGCGAAACAUCGGCUUCAUCGGAAAAUUGGCGACUUCUAGCUCGCAUGUCCUGGUUCUUUGCUACGCUCCUCUCUCUCCCCCCUUCUCUCUCUCUCUCUCUCUCUCUCUCCCUCUGUGUUGAGUGAACAGGUAGGACUUCGUCGGUGGAGCUCCCACGUGCGAGUGCAGCGUAGCACGCGUGUACAUGCGAUGACGCAUUGAAUUUGUUGUUUUAUGAACGGCACUUGGCACGUGUAUUGUGUAGAAAAAUUUCAUUUAUA